GGUAGUUUCGGUGAUCCCGUUAUCCGUUCUUGGGACACCUCUGCCUGGAAACAGGCUGGUGAUCCUUGGAGUGGUCAUGGCAACCAAGGCGUCAAUAAUAUCACCUUGAACCUAGCUGGAACCCUUCUCGCAUCAUCAUCUAACGAUGGCACAGUUCGCUUGUGGCAGCUGCCCGCAGGCACUGAAGUUGCGAGGUUUCAACACACAGGUCGGGCGGCUUAUGUUGCAUUCUCGGUCGAUGGAUACUCUAUGUUCAGCAGCAACUCGAACUACCAAAUAUUGCAAUGGGAGAUACCGGAAGCAGGUCCUCGCAGCGGCUGUGAUAAGGCUGGUCCUUCAUGGGGCAAACAACUGGCACGUAAUCGACAAGGGCUUCUUCAUUCAGAUAUUCCUGGCCAGCGCCGCAGGGCACUGAACUAUGAGUGCACCAACAGGCCUCGCGGACAGGCUGCUUACUUUGUACCGCCACGCACUCGUGCCGAGAGCUCUUUGUCUUCUCCGUUGCACAAUUUCAGGACCUUUUUCACUGGCAUCCGGCAGUCGUCAGACAACAAGCAGAAGGAGUGUCAACCGAAACAAAAGGCUCCAGAAGUCAUUGAUGUUCCUCUCGGGCAAGCCACAUAUGGUGAUGUUGUUGGUGUGGAUGACGGAACACGUCCAUACUCGCUCCUCUGUUGCCUCAGCUGGUGCCAGAAAAAGAAGAAGCCGGAUCUGCCACUGCCAGUCUACGAUGUCGACCUCAUGAAUGAAGAACAAGAGGAAAACAUUGCCAACACUCCCAUACCCACUUCUAUGCCGCACAAUCAUCUGAAUAGUCCCACGCCUGCUUCUUCUACACUGCCUCAAAUUUUCCAGCUCGACCAAAUCGAAUUGAAACCAAUGACUAACCAGUCGCAGCCCGAGGCAGGACCAUCUCGCCUUGCAUUUUUUGACGAUCCCCGUCUGCAUAGUUACUAA